UUUACGUUCUCUGUCUCUGUCUGCUGUCAAUAAUUUGCUUACAUAUCUUUUUUUCAUAUAAGUGAUAUAUGUUUUCAUGUUUAGUGAAUUGCUUUGAGCAGAAAAUAAUGUCUUCGAAGUUGUCUGCGAAAAAGUUUAAAUGGGCACUGGAUUUUAACAAUGGCAAAAAUGCUGACUUGACCUCUCCUCCCGGUUAUAAUCCAUCCGUGUUAGUUAAUCACACGGAGGUCGUGAGGGAUCAACGUCUAGUUAUCAAGAAAUCUUGGGAUCUAGCUCUUGGUCCUUUGAAGCAGAUACCAAUGAACUUGUUCAUUAUGUACAUGUCCGGAAGUUCAAUAUCGAUAUUCCCAAUAAUGAUGGUUGGUAUGAUGUUGAUUAGACCACUAAAAGCUAUGUUUUCAACCGCAGUGACUUCUAAGAUGGCAGACGGUGCACAAGGAAGCGGUCAAAAGCUUGUAUAUAUUCUCGGGAAUUUAGCAAACGUAGCUGUGGCGUUAUAUAAAUGUCAUAGCAUGGGUCUUUUGCCUACACAUGCAUCCGAUUGGUUAGCAUUCGUGGAGCCGCAAACACGUAUUGAGUACUAUGGCGGAGGGGUAUCAUAUGUAUAAGAUAAAAAAUGGGUGAAAUUAAUAAAUAUUUUUCAUUUUGUUUUCUUCAAUCAGUAAAUUGAAGUAGAGCAAACCGAUUUCAUUUAUAUAAUAAAAAUUUAUCUCAACUAAUUCCAAAUAAUGUGAAGGAUCAGUCAACAAUUUUUUUGUGCUUUUCUAAACAUUAUGAAUAACUUCCUUUGCUAAAAAUAUAUACAUAUUUACUGUUAAAAUAGA